GAGAAGAAAAUUUAAAUUAUGUUUGAAAAAAAAAAUUUAAAUUAGGCAAUACUCUGUUGCAGGUGUUGGCGUCGGCCGAUUAAAAAUGGCAUCCUCGUCGCAGCAAAGCCCAGCCCGUGUUUCUUAGUGGGUCAGAAUUUUCUUGAAAAGAGACAAGUUUCCAUUUUUACUGGAUUCUGUUCCUUUGUUUACUUUCUCACUCUCAGUCUUCAGUUGCCGCCGAUUCUUAUUGAAGUUAAAGCACCGGCCGGAAAACUCCUUUCUCGGCGGCAAUGCUAAGAGCAUGAGAAAACUUGAGAAUUAAAUACACAAUUGAAGAAGAAAGAAAAUUUUGAAAAGAAGAAAUGGCAAAGCUACAGAUAGAGGGUGAUGACUCAGUUCUUUUGCGUGUUACUCACUCUAACCUCAAGACCUUCUCUGCCAGUGUUCGAUUCUCCCUUCAGUCUACUGUGGAAUCUGUGAAAGAGAAGCUGUGGAAGAAAUGUGGUACAGCAGUUAAUUCAAUGUCUUUGGAGCUCUAUGAUGACACUAACUCCAAAAUUUCUGAUUUAACCGAUGAUUUCAGGCCCCUUGGUUUUUAUUCUCCUCUUGAUGGGUAUCGGCUACAUGUGAUAGAUCUUGAUCCUUCAUCGAUAACCUCAGGAGGGUGGUUAGAAGACACUUCAUUGGUGGAGAAAUACACUAUUUCAGAAGAGGCCUAUGAGAAACUUGGUGGCACUUUCAGAAAAUUCAAAGAAAAAAUAGUCUCUCAAAAUCCAUCAGCCUUUGAGCCUAAGGUAACUGACAGCUACAUGGAAGACCUGUGUGCAAAUAUCAAGGUGGGAGACAGAUGUGAAGUUGAACCUGGGGAAAAAAGAGGAGUUGUCAAAUUUGUCGGUCGAGCUGAAUCUCUUGCACCUGGCUUUUGGGUUGGAGUUCAAUAUGAUGAGCCACUGGGGAAACAUGAUGGCAUGGUGAAAGGAAUACGCUACUUUGAUUGUCCUCCACUUCAUGGUGCCAUGGUUAGGCCUGACAAAGUAAAGGUUGGUGACUAUCCAGAAAGAGAUCCUUUCGAGGAUGAAGAAAUAUGACCUGAAUAUAGCAAAAUUGUUGUCUUCUUGCUUGCCUUUCAUUAUCAGGCAAUGAUCUUCACCUUUUUGAGGGAGUAUAUGGUGGCAAGGAUGGAAGCUGAACAAUGGUUUUGCACCUGCAAGAAUUACUUAAUGGUUUUGGAAUUGGUUUUUUUAAUCAGAUCACUUACCACCAAAGCAUCAAACAGUUGGUUUAUAUACCGUGUUAUUACUGUAUUAGGCAAUGGCUAACAUCUUAGUCAGAAUUGUGAUGUUACUCCAAUCUUCGUUGUACUUAUACAACACUCGCAACUGUUAAGAAACAAGUUCUUUCUGCUCUUCCUUUUUUACAA